AAUGGCAAAUGCAAACAGUGUUUACUACCUGACGCACAAAUAUACCCACAAAUCCUUGAACCAGGCAGAUCUCGGGAUCAUGUUCCUUUUCCCGUUCCCAUCCUCCAUUUUCGCCGUCCCACCCCUAAAUCAUGUGCUGCAGCAUUCAUAAACUAUCAUGAUAGAUCAAGGAAAAGCCUGCCAAUUCGCAUUGCUACUAAACUUCAACAGGACCUUGACUUCGCGUCUUGCGUGCCGUCUUCCCAGCAACUGGGGCGUCCUUCUUGUUCUUCUUCGCAGCUUUCCCGUUUUCGUGCUUGCCGUUUGGCGAAGUAUUCUCAGUGGUGGUCGGCUCAUCUGCGACGUCUUCAACGCGAGCCUUCUUCUCGGCACGCUCCUCCGACUCCGACUUCUCUGUCGGAGCGGGGUCGGAUGCGCCGUUGGUGGCAGCAGGAGGCUCCUCAGCCUUACGCUUUUCGCCUGCAGCCACUUCGGCAACGUCGUUGACCCCGGGCUUACUGGCACCGUUGAUGCCCGCUGGCUUGUCGUCGGCAGCAUUGUCAGCCAUCAGGACAUCCUUUGGGGCGGAGACAGCAGGCGGCGAUGUUGGAGCAUCAGUGAUGAACGCAUUCUCGUCCUCGUUCUUUGGCGUCUCCUUUGGUUCUUCUUCGAGGUUGAGCACGGGUCGUGGAGUACCGCCUGCGGGUGUCAUGUUGUUGACGGGUGUCUCUGGCACAGACGCGACCUCGACGGGCUUCGGCGGGGCGCUGAGACCACCAGCUCCCUCAGUUGGCUUGGAUUCUUCCGGCUUGGCGGGCUCCGAAGGAGCUGUCGCGGUGUCCGAAGUGGGAGCGCCGGCCUCGGCCUCGGGGGCCGUUGGUUCAGGUGCGCCGACUAGGGCAUGUCAGCUCAGAAUUCCGGGCAUAAGCGCAGUCUUGAGCCGCGGAGGUCGAAAUAGUCAUCGCGAACAUGCCAAUUGCGAAGCGCGGCAUCAGACGCGAUGGAAACGAGGCCAUUGAGACAGCUGGCGAUGAGACAUACCUUUGUCUAUAGCUGGAGCGAUUCCGUCCGACAUGAUGAUGACGUAACAAUUGGUGUCGCAAGUUGACUCUAGCUUAUAAGCGUGUGUUUGCGCGACGCAGCGAAGUCAAUAAUGGAUACGAGAGAUAUUUGCGAUACUUUCUGAGGCUACAAGAGUAAGGGAGCUUCACAAUGUUGAUGUAGGAAGGAGGUCAAAGUCGGGGAACGAGACACGAAGAAGGGAAAUGAGGUUGGCAGAGAAAGGCACGAGGCAAGUCACGACGGUCGGUUCCACAAAGCCAUGUCCAUCCAUAGCUACCUUGCCUAUAGAAGCAGCAUGGACAGACAGAGAGAAGCCAGAAGCAAAUUGGUAAGGCAUGGGUAGCUCCGAGGCCGAGGCGGAGGGCGCACAAACAGCAUCGAGGUUCCUCACCCGCGGAGAACGCGUGACGGGAUACUUGGACGGGAUGAGCAAGGGAAUUGGAAGAGGAGAACGCAUAGCACGCAUUGGGCCAAGGAAAAGCGCCCUUUCGUCACUCGACUGCGACUCUGUGGACUGUGAAGUUAGCCCAAGGAACACCCGUACUUGACGGUGUGAACUCUGUAGAUCGGGACGGACUUGGUCGUCAUCUCGGAUUGGCCUUUGGGUCUCUGGGUCGAGGAUCCCAGUUCCCAGUCCUUUUGCUUCCCAAGCUGCAUUUGCGUGCUUUGCGGGGAACAAGAGGGAGCUUUGGUGGGUCGGGAGCUCCUCGAAGGAACCACAAGCUUCAAAUUGUAAGCCACCGAUCUGGGAAGACAGGAGGACUUGAGGUGUGGACCGCCGGAACCAGUGAGACACAGGUUGGGCUUAGUACCGGUACUUGGUUUUGCUGGGGAAGUGGACGCGAGGUCGGCGGAGAGGAAGAGACGAGAGGGAGGCUCUGUGUUCAGUACCAGACGGUAAAUGUCCAGUGACGCAAGGAAACGUUCUUGUUCAACAACAUUAAGUCGUGGUUGAUAUUGUGACAUCAAAUCGGCCGAUGAUCCAACAAAAAGACCUCAAGUGACCAGCCGGCGAAGCCUCUGCUGUCACAAAAGCUGACCAGCAUGACGCAGAAUUUGACAAUCGCAAGCCCUGCAACCGACCUGCAAGUCAUGUCAUGGGCCAAAAUCAAUCCAUGUUAGCAGAUCGGCAUCGGCCAAACCAGAGCUUGUACCUCACCAGCCACAGCAAGUCCCGCACAGCCACACCCAAUUCAGGGGCAGCCAUCGUGAGCUUAGUCACCCCUGUCCAUCCCCAAUCGCCAGCUUCAAGGUGUCCCCUUAGAGUGGCUUGACGCGAAUAACGACGAGACAUCCAACAAACGCGGUCCCCCAAAUUUUCCACGCUCAUUUUGUCGUUCGCGAUCAAACUUUGGUCUUUCUUCUCUUCAGGUCGCUUUGUCAAUUAAUAUCAUUCGAAACGAUACCCCCUUCUAACCGCUCGCCAUGGCCACAACUAAGAACAAGUACUCGGUUAUCUUGCCAACCUACAAUGAGCGCAAGAACCUGCCCAUCAUUACCUGGCUGUUGAACCGCACCUUUACUGAGAACAACCUCGAUUGGGAACUCAUCAUCGUCGACGACGGCUCCCCCGAUGGAACCCAAGAAGUUGCCCAGCAGCUCGUCAAGGUCUACUCCCCCCACGUUGUGCUCAAGCCCCGCGCUGGCAAGCUCGGUCUCGGAACAGCCUACGUCCACGGUCUCAAGUUCGUCACCGGCAACUUCGUCAUCAUCAUGGACGCCGACUUCUCCCACCACCCCAAGUUCAUCCCCGAGAUGGUCGCUCUCCAGGCCAAGGGCAACUACGACAUCGUCACGGGUACUCGCUACGCUGGAAACGGCGGUGUCUUUGGUUGGGAUCUCAAGCGCAAGUUUGUCAGCCGUGGCGCCAACUUGUUCGCCGAUACUGUCCUCCGCCCUGGCGUGAGUGACCUCACGGGCAGCUUCCGACUGUACAAGCGUGCUGCGCUGGAGAAGGCCAUUGCUAGCACUGAGAGCAAGGGAUACAGUUUCCAGAUGGAACUUAUGGUGCGUGCGAAGGCUAUGGGAUGCACCGUCGCUGAGGUUCCCAUCUCUUUCGUCGAUCGUCUUUAUGGAGAGAGCAAGCUUGGCGGUGACGAGAUUGUUCAGUAUGCCCAGGGUGUCUUCAACCUGUGGCUCAAGGUCUAAGAAUGGGAAUGACAUGCACAAAAGGGACACAUCUUGUUGGAUGGGGGCGUUUGGGGCAGUAUAGUACCGUUUAAUCUAAUACCACGUUUCUUCGUCGAUUGAUGCCCUCCUCGACUGACACCGGAGUCCUAUCUAACUCGCCACCUGGAUAUACUCUACAUAUUACGACCUCCAGUGACCAUGAUGGUCUGACCUGACACAUACGAGAACAGUGGACUCGCCACAGCCAGAACAGCGCUCGCAGCUUCAGUCGCAGUACCAGGUCUCCUCAGUGGAAUAUCUGCAUGGGCAUUAUCCCCCGCUGCCUCCUUCUGCUUUGUCGGAAUACCCAGGGCAAUUUUCUCACCAUCUGGCCCGGUGACAAACGCGCCAUCUUCCUUUGCCGCCGUCAAUCUGGUGAGGAUAUGUCCAAAGGCAAUAGUAUUCGCUCUCACGCCAAAGGAGGGACCCCACUCCUUGGCAAUCGUCUUUGUGAAGCCUGUAAUACCCGCCUUUGCAAGAGAAUAGUUGAGCUGUCCCGCAUUGCCGUGCACUCCAGAUGUAGACGAGAUAUUGACAAUGCAACGAGGAGCGCCAUCGCGUACACGGAAGUAAGGUGCUGCUGCGCGGACGAGAGUGAAAGGGGCAGUACAGUGAAGAGCAAGAAUAGUAUCCCACUGCUUGUCUGUCAUCUUGUGAAUGACACCGUCCCAAGUGUAGCCCGCAUUGUUGACGAUAAUGUUGAUCUUUCCGUCGCCAAAUUCUGCAGCCUUCUUGACCAGAUCAUUGACAUAUUCUGCCUUGAGAAUGUCUCCGGGCACAGCUAUAGCCUGGCCGCCAUUCUUAUUGAUGUCAUCAGCAACAGCCUUGGACUUUUCUGUUCGAGCUAGAGUUAGACACCAAUAUUUUGUGAGCACAGGAUGCACUGACCCGCGUCGAUAUCUGCAACAACAACUUUCGCGCCCUCUUUGGCAAAGAGCCGGGCCGCUUCUGCACCGAUGCCUUGGCCGCUGCCUGUGAUGAUAGCUACUUGGCCAGCGAGGAGACCUUUGGGGUAGUUGAGAUGACCCGCGAGUUGACUAACACGGUCCGACAUGUUGAUUUACUGUGUAUUGUUCUAUUUGGUCACUCAAGUAAAUUAUUGUAAUAAUGCACAGGACCAUAAAUCAUGGACACCUUCCCCGGAUCCAGGUCCUUUAAUGACCCCGGGAUCGACGAGAUCGACAUAUUUGAGCCGAGGCUCGGGCAAUGGCGGUAUGUGGGGUAGCUCCGGCCUCGACGGGGGAUAAACCUCAAGGUACCAAAAAGAUCCUGACCUUGAGGUCGGUUGUCAAAAAUAUUCAGUCCAAGGAUGCACUAAAUCUGCAGUCAAAAUGCCUAAAACAUCCUGGGAUCACCUAACUAUUCUGUCACCUCGAAAGGAGGUCCCAGAUCUUUUUGGCAUCCUCUCCCCAAGACAUGAUACAUCAGCCUCGAUGAUAAUACCUUGGUUGAAUUUCGGUAUUAUCUGUAGAGAUAUAUCAUUUCGGCACCGAGACAGAGGCGGUCGCCAUCUCAAAGAAUCGGUAUACUGAGAGUCCUGCUUUGGUUGAUACAUCUUCUCUGCAAUGUACAAGCUGUUCGAUGCCUCCCCCCCCCCCA